GCUCACGAGGGUGGGCGACAAGAGACUGGACACGACGAUAGUGGAUAUGAAUGAAACACGGGAUGUGAUGGCCCGAAAAAAAACAUGCACAACGGAAUGAAUGGCUUGCGAGGAGCACAAUCAAAGGGCACUGCGGAUGUACACUACGGCAUUCGUUGUACUGUGCACAGGCACAGGCACAUGCACAGUCCUACAGGCGCUCCACAUGAAAAGGCAUUGUGGUUCUGCUUAUAGCAGGACCAGCCACGUGUUCGUGGGAAAUGCGGGCGGUACUUACAUGGGCGAGGGUCGGGAGUGUGUGGGAGGAGUGAGGGCACAAUGCGGCCCCACAACCAGGGGAGAGAAAAAGGGACUAGGAGCAUGAGAUCUUACUCGGUGCAAAAAGGUUCCACAGUUGCUUCUUGCGCCGGGGAAGAAUGUGACGCGCCGUCGCCGGUGCGUCAGCGGCGAUCACUUGCAUCCACACAAGCACCACAUGCCUUGCCCGUGUGGACGUCUCGUUCCGGAAAUGCGACCAUACGCCGUUGAGCCGGGAUGAGUAAUCUAGAGAUUUCAUCUUCAACUUAUACUCCAUCGUCGAGAACACAUGCGUCUCCAUGAGCACAACCUUGGCCCCAAACUUCCGAGAGGUGAGCCCAGGGAAGAAUUUUACGCCAUCGUGGGGCACGUCCCGAACCAUCCGCUCCAAAGAUUCCUUAUAAUAGCCCUGGGGGGGUGCAUGACAACAAUCACAACCCAUGCGACACAUAGGGGCCCCGCGUCUAGGCUCAGUCGGCUCGACCAUCUCGACGCGCCCCGCUGGGGUCACUGGCAGCACUGCAGAGGUGGAAGGAGGGAUGAAAGGGGAGCGGGUUUUAUGGGAGCACCACAUCCAGUCACCAUAACUGCGACUGCGGGGGACGACACCGUGGGUAAGCUAACCGUCACAAAGCAAAACGGCCUCUGCUGGCCGCGCCUACCCGCGAGGGGGCGUUGUGGCAGGUCUGGUCAGCCGGUUCCGGUAUUGGGCCACCUGGCUAGGGGCCGUUGGGCAGAAAAACAGAGAGAUGGGAAGUCACCAUGUCACGAGCGAACAAUAGUGAGCGUGCUGGGCUGUCGAGACCUGCAAACAGCGGGGGUGGAAGGAGGAAUGGACAGGCACGGUGGUGAAAUGACAACAGCUCCCCAAAAAACCAGGCCUGCGACACCUUGCAACGACAACGAGGGGGCAGCAUACCUGUGACCUGGCCUUACGGCGCAGCUAUAAGGGUGGGGAGAGAGGGAGUGAGGGAGCAGCACUUCAGAAAAUGGGAAAUCAGCCAGGGAGAGCGCAAGGGGAAAAACGGACAGACCAUAGUUGAGCAGGCCUGGUCAGCCGCCUCCGGUAUAGGGCCACAUUGCGAGGGGGCUUUGGGCAGCAAAUCAGAGAGAUGGGAACGCACCAUGUCACGAGAGGACAGUAGGGAGGGUUCUGGGCUGUCGAGACCUGCAAACAGCGCGGGUGGAAGGAGGUAUUGACAGGCACGGCGGUUGAAAUGACAACAGCUCCCCAACUCACCAGGCCUGCGACACCUUGCAACGCCAACGUGGGGGCAGCAUACCUAGAGAGGGAAAGGGGAAAAAAGGGACACACCAUAGUUGAGCAGGCCUGGUCAGCCGCCUCCGGUAUAGGGCCACCUGGCCUGGGGGCGUUGGGCAGCAAAACAGAGAUAUGGGAACGCACCAUGUCACGAGAAGACAGUAGGGAGGGUUCUGGGCUGUCGAGACCUGCAAACAGCGCGGGUGGAAGGAGGUAUGGACAGGCACGGCGGUUGAAAUGACAACGGCUCCCCAACUCACCAGGCCUGCGACACCUUGCAACGCCAACGUGGGGGCAGCAUACCUGUGAGCUGGCCCAACGGCGCAGCUAUAAGGGUGGGGAGAGAGGGAGUGAGGGAGCAGCACUUCCGAAAAUGGGAAAUCAGCCAGGGAGAGCGCAAGGGGAAAAACGGACAGACCAUAGUUGAGCAGGCCUGGUCAGCCGCCUCCGGUAUAGGGCCACGUUGCGAGGGGGCAUUGGGCAGCAAAUCAGAGAAAUGGGAACGCACCAUGUCACGAGAGGACAGUAGCGAGGGUUCUGGGCUGUCGAGACCUGCAAACAGCGCGGGUGGAAGGAGGAAUGGACAGGCACGGCGGUUGAAAUGACAACGGCUCCCCAACUCACCAGGCCUGCGACACCUUGCAACGCCAACGUGGGGGCAGCAUACCUAGAGAGGGAAAGGGGAAAAAACGGACAGACCAUAGUUGAGCAGGCCUGGUCAGCCGCCUCCGGUAUAGGGCCACCUGGCGAGGGGGCGUUGGGCAGCAAAACAGAGAGAUGGGAACGCACCAUGUCACGAGAGGACAGUAGGGAGGGUUCUGGGCUGUCGAGACCUGCAAACAGCGGGGGUGGAAGGAGGAAUGGACAGGCACGGCGGUUGAAAUGACAACGGCUCCCCAACUCACCAGGCCUGCGACACCUUGCAACGCCAACGUGGGGGCAGCAUACCUGUGAGCUGGCGUACCGUCGCAGCUAUAAGGGUGGGGAGAGAGGGAGUGAGGGAGCAGCACUUCAGAAAAUGGGAAAUCAGCCAGGGAGAGGGAAAGGGGGAAAACGGACAGACCAUAAUUGAGCAGGCCUGGUCAGCCGCCUCCGGUAUAGGGCCACCUUGCGAGGGGGCGUUGGGCAGCAAAACAGAGAGAUGGGCACGCAUCAUGUCACGAGAGGACAGUAGGGAGGGUUCUGGGCAGUCGAGACCUGCAAACAGCGCGGGUGGAAGGAGGAAUGGACAGGCACGGCGGUUGAAAUGACAACGGCUCCCCAACUCACCAGGCCUGCGACACCUUGCAACGCCAACGUGGGGGCAGCAUACCUGUGAGCUGGCCUACCGUCGCAGCUAUAAGGGUGGGGAGAGAGGGAGUGAGGGAGCAGCACCUCAGAAAAUGGGAACUAAGCCAGGGAGAGGGAAAGGCGAAAAAAGGGACAGACCAUAGUUGAGCAGGCCUGGUCAGCCGCCUCCGGUAUAGGGCCACCUGGCCUGGGGGCGUUGGGCAGCAAAACAGAGAUAUGGGAACGCACCAUGUCACGAGAGGACAGUAGGGAGGGUUCUGGGCUGUCGAGACCUGCAAACAGCGCGGGUGGAAGGAGGUAUGGACAGGCACGGCGGUUGAAAUGACAACAGCGGACAUACUCACCAGGCCUGCGACACCUUGCAACGCCAACGUGGGGGCAGCAUACCUGUGAGAAGGCCAUGGACAACCCAGUUAUACGCACGGGGAGUGAGGGAUAGAGGGAGAAGGCCCCUGGAAACGGCCAGUACUGCGUUGAGGUAAGGACGGGAUGAACGGGAUGGGUGGUGUUACGGUUACAACACCAACACAUCCACCAGGAUGAGGCCGGGAGUAGCAAACAAAUGGCCACUGGGCCAACAACAUUGACACGUAUGGGUGAGUAUGAAAGGCCGUCACACGAACUUACCCCCAUUUCGGUUGCGUCUGGAAUUCCCACAAACCGGCCAUCGGGCCCAGUCGGCAGCGCCCCAACCACCCUGACCGGCUUCUCUCCCGACGCGCCAGCCGUUGCCUGAGCCGCCUCUCCCCGUACACCUUUGGCAACGUGGCAUGCUGGCACUCGUGCGAACGCGUCGGGUGAUGCAUCGUCAGCAUCGGAGCCGUCGUGCUUGUCGCUUGCAUCUCGUGGCUUUUCGGCAUCCAGCCCGUCGUGAGCAGCCCCGCACCCGACAGGAGCUGCGUGAACGGGCCUGUGUUGGGCACCGCGUGACCAUGCUCAUGGUCAUGUCCGCCAUUGUCGCCCGUGUUGCCAGCAGCCAUGACACUCUUUUCAUACCGCUCGAGCCGCGCGAAAAGCUCUCUCAGGGUCACUCCGCCGGCAAGAGCGUUGCCGUGUGACUCAGCCAUAUGGCGCAGCUCGAUGCCGGCCUGCUUCGCCUCAUCCCUCUGUACUUGCAUAGACGGCACCUCGCUGGUGGGCACGGCAGCGCGGGUGUUUGCCCCCGUGGGAGCCAAUGACCCAUUGCAAGCCGGGUGGCUUGCGGCGCCCAGCGUCGAAACCCCAUGUUCCGCCCCGUCAGGUGAAGUGUUCGCGAGCAUUCUGAGCCCACCGUACUGUAGCGCACGGAGCAGACGUCGCCCACCAUCAGGUUCCUCAAAAACGCGUUUCCUCUCCUGCUCCGCUCUCGCGGGUGUUGAGACACCACCACCAGUGCUUGGCGACCUGCCAGCAAGGCCACUGCGUGUUGGUGACGCUAACGCUGCAGCCGCCCGAGCUGUGCCGUCUGCGACGCCUUCGCGCUGCAUGGAGCCUGGAGUGUCGGCCUCUGGAUCGCCGGCGUAAAAGUCUUCGACCCGCUUCUCGGUGAAGUCGUUGUCACCGACGUGUGGGGUCUCGUCGGCAUCCUCCUCCACCCGCAAGUCGUAAAUGUUGACCUUGUCAUUGGCGGCAUCAUUCCCAAGAAGUCGCGCGGUGACCACCGGCGGACGACCGUCGCUUCUCCGCCUCGCCCCAUCCGUCCUACCAGCUGCAACACCCUUUGCCGCCCCUGUCGCUGACCCUCGCCCCCCACCGCGCUUCACGGGCUGGCGCUGUUUAUCCUGGGGGAGCACCUCUUCAACGGCAUCUGCUGCGGCUUUGGCGUUCAGCCACACAGCUUGAUGCUGGAAGUCGUCAAGGUCUGCUGGAAAACCCCGGCCGAUGGUGUCUCCCGCACUUCCAGCCAUCGUGGCCUCCCCUUGACCGUUUGGGGACUCCUGCGGGUUGUUGUCCGAGACGCUCUCAACACUCUUGCAUGCACCAGACCCUGCGGCAUCCGUAUGGCCCAAAAUGCAUGCAAACAGGACUACGUUAGCUCGCUGGGCGUGUCUCGGAGCAAACAAUGGUGCGUCAUGCUGAGGUAAGCCACUGGACUCGCGCAUAACAGACUCACCGCUCUUCCACGCACCCGUGCUAGCUUGAGGAAGCGCUCCGAACUCUGCCAGCUUCUUGACGCGUGGCGCGGGCGUGGUCAGUGCUGAACCCAGCCGCACAGCCGUGGCGAGGGUGAGUCCGUACGGUAAACCAAUCGGGUGUGACGUGUUUGCCGGUGCUUUGGCGACGCCACUGUGCAGGUGCGAAGCAGGAGAUGGGUGAUAUUCUCGGUAUUCGGGUAACAGAGCGAGUAGUUUAUUCACACCCUUCAGGUACACCGCCUUGGUUGGCCUUGGGCUGUUACGGCUAGAAGCCUGGUAGACAUUCCCAUCCGUCCAUGCUGAGGGCCUCCUAUCCUGUGGUGGCCGUGAGGAUGCAAUGCUACCCAUACCGGAAACUUGGACUCUAUUGAAAUGCACAACAGCCUCCCUCUCCUCGUCCUAUUGUGGUGACAUUCCUCUGACCAUCGCUUCGCUGCGUACCACUUGCCUCCGCGUCAACCUGUUGCCCAUGAAGCUAGGCGCUUUCAAGAAGUUCGCCAGGAUACGCCAACCGCCGUGCUUCGGACGCCCUCGAGUGACACAUAUUUCACAACAGCGGCAAGAUACUCCGCUUCUGAGCAUCGGGCAAUGAUGCAAAUCAUGCCCCUUAUCAUCCACCUUCCAAGACGGGCGGUGGUGGCUGAGGCUGUAAUCGCAUUUGUGUGCUGGUACAAGUCUCUGUUCCAUGUGGAAUACCACACAGACGCCACGCUGGACGCGGCGGAGGCGGAAACCCACAGGUAACUACCAGUCGCCACACGCCCUCACCCUUUCAUUCUCUCCUUUACUAUGCAGCCCUCAUAUCCCCCUUUUGGCCUGCCGUUGCCCUUGUUAGCACCAUUGUU